AUGGCCAUCUCCAUCCGCUGCUACUACUUCAACAAGUCGGCCGUGUUGCUGCAGAGUGCAGGAAGGAGUUUCGUGGCCGCUUUCGCCUUGGCCUUGUACCCGGUGCUGGCUCCAGUUGAUCAUACAAUUGCAGUGACUGUCUGCGUCAUCAUUUUUGCAUCUUUGCUCUGGGGAAACGUGGAAGCUUGGCGGGUCACCUGUGGGGCAAACACGGUCCGUGCUCGAAUUGGGAUACGGCGAUUUCCAGUAUGGGCUUACGUACAACAAAUAUUUGAUAGUGUCUUGGUACACUUUUGGUCGUACAUAAUAAUCCUUGGUCUCCCAGCAAUUCGGAAGUGGGUCAGUGAUGCUGGUGUCAAAUUAUUGGGAGCGGCGCAACUGUAA